AUGGACAGCAGCGGGGAGCAGCUGGGCGGCGCUGAGGACGAGGCGGCGUGUACAUCGGCUUCGGAGGGUCUGGAGGAGGGUGAGGUGGAGGGAGAGACGCUGCUGAUCGUGGAGUCUGAGGACCAGGGCUCUGUGGAUCUGUCACAUGACCAGAGUGGCGACUCGCUGACCAGCGAUGUGGGCGAGGAGGGCGACGGCAGCUGGGCCUGUGAGGACAUGUCCUUCUACUGCGACCGCUGCCACAAGUGGACUCCUGCAGCUCAGCUACGUGGUGAACAACCAAGUUACCUGAAGGGAGACAACUUCUUCAAAUUCAGCUGCUGUGACUGUUCUGACGACGGAAAAGAGAGUUUCGAAAGAAUGAGACUCACCUGGCAACAGGUGGUGAUGUUGGCCAUGUACAACCUGUCUCUGGAGGGAACAGGUCGUCAGGGUUAUUUCAGGUGGAAGGAGGACAUCUGUGCGUUCAUUGGUCGACACUGGAACUUCCUGUUGGGGACGAGGAAAAAGACGUCCACGUGGUGGAGCACGGUGGCGGGCUGUCUGUCGGUCGGAAGCCCCACCUUCUUCCGUUCCGGAGCACAGGAGUUCGGCGAGCCCGGCUGGUGGAAGCUGGUCCAGAACCGACCUCCGACCCUGAGACCCGAGGUGGAGAAGUCCACCGUUAAGAUUAAAGCCUCCAAACCUGUUGUGGAUCCAAUCAUCACCGUGGAGGGUCUGAGGAAACGCGGGGCCAGGAACCCUGUGGAGAACGCCAUGCAGCUGAAGGAGAAGCGUUGUCGCACACAGGAGGCCAAAGAGAUCCGACGAGCUCAGAAGGAGGCAGCGGGAGGCUACACGGACCGCAGCACCUCCUCCACACCAGUGAAACUAGGCGGAGCUCGUGGUGGGAGCAGUGGACGGCGUCCAGAUCUGGUCCUGGAGAAAGGUGAGGUCAUUGACUUCUCCUCUCUCAGCUCUUCAGACCGAACGCCGCUCACCAGCCCGUCACCGUCACCCUCACCCGACUUCUCCGCCCCGGGGACGCCGGCCUCUCACUCGGCCACGCCCAGCCUGCUGUCAGAGGCGGACCUCAUCCCGGAUGCCAUGCCUCCACAGGCACUGUUCCAUGAUGACGAGGAGAUGGAGACGGAGGGGAUGAUCGACCCAGGGAUGGAGUACAUCCCACCACCCUGCACCAGCCUUGUCGCCCGCAAGAAGCUCCGCCCACCGCCAGCUCACAUUAAACGAGAAGCGGAGAGUGAGGACGAAGAAGGCCACGAGCGUGAAGAUGACUUUGAGGAACCGGGGGGACGAAACAAAGGUGUGUCUCUGUCCACGGGGGCGUGUCCUGUUACCGGAGCACCUGAGCGCAGGAGGAUGACUCAUCAAGAGAAAGCAGGUGCCGGCACCGGCGUCUCCCACAAUACUCGCCACGGCCCGUUGACGCUGUACGAGGAGAAGAUGCUGUUGCGGCGCCUGGACGCCUGUCCGCUGGCUUUAGCUGUGACCUCACAGGCCAAACGUCUCCACAGGAAGCUGCUGGUCCGACAGGCCAAGAGGCAGAGAGGACUCCCCCUGCUGGACAUUGACCGUGCCGUCAGCGCCACCCUCAGUCUAGUGGGAGGGAUCUACGGUGCCCAGGAAGCGGGGACAAUGAUGGGAGGUGGAAUCAUUGGAAAGUACUGCACAAACAGUCAGGAGCUGAGGAUUCUGGAUCGAUUCCAGACGAAGGUCUCGGCCAGGAGGGGGCUCCAGCAGCAGUCUGUGUCCUUCUGGCACCGUCUGAUGGGAGCACAGGGAAGUUUGGAUCAGAGCAUCAAGAGUCCGUACACGUCACGCAUCCUCAAGCCCUACAUCAGGAGAGAUUACGAGAACCGUCCUCUGAAGCUCAGGUUGUUGGCUGAGAUCAAAGCCCGUCCUCACAGGAAAGAUCCUGAUUGGCUCCCUGAGGCUGACGCUCCCAUUGACUACUGCUACGUGCGUCCAAACCACAUUCCCUCCGUCAACGCCAUGUGUCACGACAGCUUCUGGCCAGGUGUGGAUCUAUCAGAGUGUCUGCAGUACCCGGACUUCAGCGUGGUUGCUCUCUACAAGAAGGUGGUGGUCGGCUUCGGCUUCAUGGUUCCUGACGUCAAGUACAACGAGGCGUACAUCUCCUUCCUGCUGGUCCACCCUGAGUGGAGGAGAGCCGGGGUCGGAACCUUCAUGAUCUACCACCUGAUCCAGACGUGUAUGGGGAAGGACGUGACGCUGCACGUGUCGGCCAGUAACCCAGCCAUGCUGCUCUACCAGAAGUUUGGAUUCAAAGCAGAGGAGUACAUUCUGGACUUCUACGAUAAAUAUUACCCCAUUGACAGUGCCGAGUGUCGCCACGCCUUCUUCCUGCGUCUGCGGCGCUGACAUAUCUGCACAGGUUUCAGCCAAUCAGGAAGCAGCUAAUGAUUUUCAUCUAAAAAAUUAAGCCGUUUCUCCAGCAGGGGGAGCUGGACAUGUGACUGUCGCUCUCUACAGGAAACACAAAUUAACAGCUGUAAUGUUAGCAGGUUAGCAUGUGGCUAAUAUCAUGUGACUCCAGACCAAUAAAGAGAUGUUUGUUUCAAA